AUGAUCACAGACGUGCAUCUCACCAUCUUUACCAACAUGCUGAACAUGUCACCCUUCCUGCUUGUCAUUCUCUAUCACUUCGUUUCUAUCAACAACCCCAAAAAGCAGGAAUGAAAGUAGCACUUUUUUCACUCCAGAGUUCUAGGACUUAGUCUGAGGCAAAAUGGAGAGUGUGAGGGGCCUUCACAUUUCCCUUCAUCACUCUACCCAUUACAACAUACAAAGCAACUAUACCUAUGUUGUUUUUUU